UAAAAAAUACUAAUCGCAAUUCACAAGUGAGACACACAAAAAUAAAAUCUUUUUUUUUGAAAAGCAAAAUAUCUCUAUCGCAACAACAAGAUAAACAAAGUGUACUAGAAAAUAUAAAAGAAAUAAAAAAACAAAUUUGGUGAAAUUUCAUAUUGUGAGAUUAAAUAAAUAAUAUAAUAAAAAAAAUCAACAUAAUGGCCGAUUCUAACAAGCGUAAUAUUCCUAUCAAAUUGGGAGACUUCAGCGUUAUCGAUACAGAAUUCAGCAGUAUUAGAGAACGUUUCGAUUCUGAAAUGCGUAAAAUGGAAGAAGAAAUGGCUAAAUUCCGUCAUGAACUCAUGAAUCGUGAAGCUAAUUUCUUCGAAAGCACCAGCUCAACAACAAAUUCAGCCCUCUCCUCCAGACCCAAACAAAAUUAUAUUUCGGACAUGAACUCACCUUUGAUUCAGGAGGAUGGUGAUAAUAAAGUAUUGAAAUUACGUUUCGAUGUCAGUCAAUAUGCCCCCGAAGAAAUUGUUGUCAAGACUGUUGACCAAAAAUUAUUGGUUCAUGCCAAACACGAAGAGAAAUCCGACACAAAGAGCGUCUACAGGGAAUACAAUCGUGAAUUCUUGUUGCCCAAGGGUGUUAACCCUGAAUCCAUUCGCUCGUCACUCAGCAAGGAUGGUGUUCUUACUGUAGACGCUCCUUUGCCGGCUCUUACUGCUGGUGAAACCAUGAUUCCCAUCACUCACAAGUAAAUGUUGCAGCCACAUACUACAGUUAAACUAUACUUACAACAACAUCAAAUGUGUGCUACUCCAAACAAAUCAUCACAACAACAACUACUACCACCACCACCAAAAACAUUAGGCAACUCCUUUUAUUAAUUUAUUUAGCUUUUUUUUUUUGGAUGAUGCUCUCAAAGAAGGAGUGUAAUGUGUAAAAAAAGCUAAAAUGUUCUUAAAUUUAAUUAAUAAUUGCUAAUUUUAAAACGUCUUAAUUUGUUUUUAUAUUAAUUUAACAUAAUUAUUUUAAUUUUGUUUUCUAUUUAUUGGGCAAUUAUAAGUUUUUAUUAAUAUUUUAUAAAUGUGUGUUUUUUUUACCAAAUGAAAAGAAACAAAAUCCUUAUAUGUAGAACAGUUUAAUUGGUGCAAAUUGUUUCAUGUACUCAAUUUAUUUAUGUGAAAAAUUUUUAUUUUUUUUUGCAUAAAUAUUAUCAGAAAUGAAGAAAAAAAAUAAAUAAAUUAUAAAUAAAAAAAAUUUGAUACUCAAAACCAAAUGUAAGAA